CAAAGAGCUGGUAUCCACUGAGGCCAGCAUGACCCGAAGGUUUGUGAAUGGGCUGAACUUUGGCGCCCAAAAGUUCGUAACCGUGGCAGAGCCGCGGAACAUGAAUGAGGCGUACCGGAAGGCCGGGAAGUACUACAUGGUACAUCAGAAGGAGAGGGAGGCGCAUAAGAGAGACCGGAAGAUUGCCGAGGUAGAACAGCAGCACAAGAAGGCCCGAACUGACCGCCCAAAGCCAAGACAAAACAACCAAAACGGUAGAACCUUCCAAGGCCAGGGUCAGGGAAGGAAUCAGCCCGCUCAGGUACGGCACUACAAAUGCAAAAUGUGCCCAAAUAACCAUCCCGGGAAGGAUUGUGCGGGAAAUGUGGUGAGAUGUUACAACUGUAAUCUCAUGGGACACCGAGCAUAUGAGUGCCGGAAACCUCCGGGCCAGGGUCAAAACCAAGGGAACAACCAAACUGGGGGCGGGAAUAAUCACGCUAACAUCAACCGUGGUAAUCCCGGUAAUCGCCCAGAGGAGGCUAACCGAAACCAAGGCCCGGGAGGGCAAAACAACACUCAAGGCCGCAUCUACGUCAUGAACCAGGCGCAAGCAAAUGCACACGAUGUGGUGACAGGUACCUUUCUUGUAAACUCCAAACCUGCUUAUGUGCUGUUUGAUUCAGGUGCGUCCCACAGCUUCAUAGCAUCAAAAUUCGUGGAAAGGACAAAGCUAGAACCUACCACUAAGCUUAGUCUUAACGUAAAAACGGCCUCCAACCAAGUGGUGGCAUGUGGGAGUGUUUUCUCUAACGUUCCCAUAGUCAUAUCCGAUACCGAACUACCGGGAGAUCUAAUCCAAUUUGACCUGGAGGAUAUUGACGUGGUGUUGGGUAUGGACUGGCUAGGGAAAUAUAAAGCCAAAAUCCUAUGCGACGAGCAGAAAGUGGUCUUGAGAGGACCCAAUAAAAAACGUGUAUCCUACAAAGCAGUUACAUCUAAACCGGGAGUGAAGCUAGCCACAAUGCAACAAGUCAAACGAUAUGCCCGAAAGGGGUAUGAAGUUUACUUGUGCAGGAUCAAAGACUUGAACUCCGAGGACCCGACCAUUGACCAAAUCCCAGUGGUCAAUGAGUUUCCGGAUGUAUUCCCAGAAGAGAUUCCAGGGAUGCCACCGGAGAGGGAAGUCGAGUUUUCAAUCGACCUUCUACCGGGCACCGCACCCAUCUCAAAGGCACCAUACCGAAUGGCACCGAAGGAGAUGCAAGAACUGAAAGAACAACUUGAAGAAUUAUUGGAGAAAGGCUACAUCAAACCGAGUAUCUCACCUUGGGGUGCUCCGGUCUUGUUUGUGAAGAAGAAGGAUGGGAGUCUGAGACUCUGCAUUGACUAUAGGGAGCAGAACAAAGCGACCAUCAAGAACAAAUACAUGCUGCCUCGCAUUGAUGACCUCUUUGAUCAACUGAGGGGAGUUAGCACGUUUUCCAAGGUUGAUUUAAGAUCCGGGUACCAUCAAGUGAGGAUUUCUGAGAAAGAUAUCCAGAAGCUCUAAGAAGAAGUCCUCAAACUUUACAUUUAAUGAGUGGAUGAAGAGUGGGAUGUCUAGGCCUGACAGAGCUCAAUUUACUCAGAUGAAGAAGCUUAUGACUCCACUACAACAAGAAAAUCUGUUUAUGGAUAGUGAUGGACUUGUCCAAAUCAACCAUAGUGGAUGAAUACAAGAAGCUGAAAUAUGGUGGCAGAUGAGAGUUCUAUCUGGCAAAAACAUAUCAGAAGCAAUCCGGAACUACUUGGAUUGCAAGCUUGCACCUCACUGGGCAGACUAUCAGAAUCCAAGGGACUUAGCCUCAAUCAGAGCGAAGGUCAAUGCAGAACUUGAGAGGAUUGACAAAGCAGGACCCCAG